GGCCCAGGGGCUGGCCAGGAGGUGGGGUGAGGUGGAGAAGCCCCGGGGGUGGGGGGAGCAAGAAUUCCACCUGGCCAGCCGCCUGGCUGUGGGCCCAGAGCCGACAGGGUUGCCUUUGUCAGGUGGGGAGAUGUGAGUCCAAGGCUAGACCCUGAGGCUAGCCUGGGAAGAGAGUCAAGGAAGAUUUGGGUAGUGUGGCUGCCAGGUGGGAGGGAGCCCGGGCCCCUCACUUCACGGGUGGGCCGCUCUUGGUGGUGACUGGUGGCAGGAGGGCACCGGGGGUCCCCACUUCCUGCUUGAGGCUGGAGUUCCCAUGGGCGCUGUGAGCUGGUUCCAGUGCCAGGGGCCAGGGCCAGAGGUGGUUUGGGGUGGGCAGCAGGGAGGAGCCGCAGCAGGCGGGGCGCCCCGGCCGCAGACGCCCCCACCCGGCCUGGGCGCGACUCCACCCUCCUCUCGAGGCGCCGAGGAAUGGGGAGUUGACAACCUCCAGGCUGAGGCUGGAGACGCUGCACCCUCCCUGCCCGCCCCCCCCCCACAAGGGCGUUGGGGCCCAACCCCGGAGUUCGGCUCCAGCCCCACCCACGGGCCGCCCUGCCCUGGAAGGGCAGAGAACAGGCAGCCUCUGGUGUCACCUGGGACAGGAGGGCCCAGAGCCACAAGAGAGUGACGGUCCCUGCGAAGCUAGUUCCCCUGAUAGCAGAGGUCUGGGGGACCCUCCAGGACCUCCAGCUGAACAGCGGACAGGCACCCCCCUGACCAUCCCACCCCCAGCAG